AUGGGUCACACUUUGGCACGAGUAACUGUGUUUUUCGUCUCAGUCUCUUUCCUGCUGUAUUCAUUAUUUGUCGCAACAGUUACUUUUCUCAAACUAAAUUUUACGGUAUAUCAUGUUAGCGAACCGCUCCGAAUAGGAUACGGUGUAAUUUUAGUGAUUCUAGCUCCCUCCGGAUUAUGGGGAAUUAUUGGAUCUACUCAGAAUAAUUCGGAUUUAUGUGACCGAUAUUUAAGGGAACAUUGGUUUUCUAGUGGAGUUUUUACUAUAAUUGAUGGAAUAAAAGUCGCACUUUCUUUUACGAUGAAAAUUGAUUCGAUAAAUGCAUGUGUAACACCAACCGAUUCCUCUCAAGAUGCAAUUGAUGGAUGUCGUAGUAAGGUUGAUUUUAAUCAAAUAGCGAGUUUAAUCAUCUUCGGGGCGCAAGAAUUUUUUUUGAUUUUUCUUGGUAUUCUUGUAUGGUACAGUUGUAAACGUAUUAAACGCAUUACAAAAAAAAUAAAUGAAAAGGGCAAGGAAGAGGCAUUAGAGCGACUUGAUUUAAGCGAAGUCAUUCCAGAUGAAUCAAAUGUUGCUUCAAUGAACGCUUACGAUCUUAGAGAACAAAGACAAAACCUCCCAUUAGAUAGAAUAAAUGUUCAACCGACUUCAACGCACGUACCUCGUCGUCCAUCACAAUAUAAUAAAGGACGAAAUGAUCGACAAACAAUCCAAAUCAAACCUGAACCUAUGCCAAAUGUCUUAAGGUCCCGUGAAUUUCAAGGUGAUAAUUAUGAUGAUAAUAAUAAUGUGCAAGGAAUGAGGAGAUAUGAUCAAAGAAUUACAGCGCCACCACGUCCUCGAAAAUCAUACAAUCGGCAAAAUACGACGUCUAUUGAAUUACAACGAGAAUUAUCAGCUUCUCAAAGCAUGAAUUCAAUGGCUACGACAGGUCGUUCAAAAAGUAUGAGAAUGGCAGCUCCCUUUGCUCGUUCGAAUAAUAACGUGUUACCUCCCCAAUUUCAACCUAUGCAACAAAUAAAAUAUCCGCAAGGAGCUCGAAAUAAAGGGGUUAAUGAUGGACCAGAUCCACCUGAAGGAACUCCCUUCCGCACACACAGACGUUCAAGGAGUCAUCCUCAACUUCGUCCACUUCCGGAUCCCCCAACUUCAGAUAAUUUUACAGUUCAACCAGAUCAUUCU